AUGGUCGUCCUUCUGGUUCUUAUCGGAUGCACAACGGCGGGCAUCUUUAACAUCCCAGUGAAGAGAAUCACUCCGCCGAUGGUAAAAAUGUUGAGAGCUGGUACUUGGAGCAAUUACGUAGAAGACAUGAGACAGAGAUGUCUACAGCUUCCCGUACUGAAGGAGGACAAGGUCCAUGUUCAAGACGUACUCGGCUAUGCUAACGUUGAAUACCUCGGCGAAAUCACCAUUGGAACUCCUCCGCAAAUGUUUCGGGUUGUCCUCGGCACUGGCUCCUCGGCUCUAUGGGUCCCUGACAACUCAUGCUACAGGGAAAGAUCUGAUGCAUGUCUAGAAUCGAAAUGUGAUCGUGGAUUGAUUUGCCAAGUCUUCUGUCCAGACCCUACGUGCUGUAAACUCACGGGGAAACUCGAGGAUGAAAACGCAUGUAAGGAGAAGCGUCGCUUUGAUCAGGAGAAAUCCAACACCUAUAUCAAAACAGAUGAAAGAUGGUGUGCAGAGUACACAACUGGAGGUGCGAGGGGUUUCUAUGGGAACGACACAGUUCGUUUCGGUUCUGAGGGAAAAAACCAACUAGUUGUUCCUGGUACUUGGUUUGGACAAGCAGAACACAUAGAUAGGUUCUUCGCAAAUGUACACCUUGACGGCAUUGUCGGACUCGGGUUCACAGAACUAUCAAAUGAAGGAGUCGUUCCUCCAAUAAUUCGUGCCAUUGAUCUUGGACUACUCGAUAAACCAAUAUUUACUGUCUACUUCAAAAGUGUCGGAGACAAAGAAGGUGUAUACGGAGGAGCUUUCACCUGGGGCGGGCUCGAUCCUGAUCACUGCGAUGACGAGAUCGCAUACGUACGUUUAACAGAUGCAAAGCAGUGGCAAUUCAGACUCCAGUCAGUAUCGUCCAAGGACUACCAUUUGUCAUCUGGCUGGGAGGCAAUAUCCGACACUGGUACUUCAUUAAAUGCCGCUCCUGUGGGGGUACUCGCAAAUAUCGCGAAGCUAUACGACGCAGAAUACCUUCCAAAGGAAGAACUCUACAUCGUCGACUGCGACAAAAACGUUACGGUUGAGGUGACGAUUGAUAAGAAGAGGUACACAAUGACUGCGAAGAAUCUUCUGAUUCAUGUGGAUCAAAAUAUCUGUAUUAUUGCAUUUUUCCCAAUGAGCAUGUUCAUGGGACCACCUUUCAUUCUUGGAGACCCGUUCAUUCGUGAAUACUGCAAUAUUUAUGACUACGCUGGAAAACGAAUUGGUUUUGCAGCUGUAAAACACUAA